AUGGAUAGACAGUUACCGGCAGAACCUUUCAGACUUGCUAUGCCUUUCUUCUGUGACAAAUGCGGUGCAAAAAAAUUUAUGUUUGAGUCCUUAGAUUUUUGCUGUGGGAAUGGAGACAUUACAAUAGCUGAGAAUGUCUAUCCUCAUGAACUUGUGUACUUAUUUACUUCUAAAGAUGAAGGUGUUGUGCAUUUUAGAAAAUAUGCUAGACUAUAUAAUAACUUGUUUGCAUUUAGUUCGCUUGGGGGUCAUUACUAUGCAAGCACUUACAAAGGGAUUUAUGUAUUCAAAUUGCAUGGGCAACUGUAUCAUUUUGUUCCAGAUUUAUUGCCUGAUGAGGGUAAUCCAAAAUACCUCCAGCUGUACUUUUAUGACGGCCAGCAUGAGGCAGAACAUAGGCUGGGUUGUUUUCCUGAGUUAAGAGAAGAUGUGAUCAGUAUUCUAAUGCAGGUAUCUCAACAAAAUCCUUAUGCUGUGUUCUUUCGGACUUUAAGAGAUAAAACUAUUCAUGCAGAUACAAGAAUUGUGCUAAAUCAAGCCCCGGUUCUUGAUCAACGCAUCUAUAAUGCUCCUACUGCUGAUGAUGUUGAUGUCAUCUGGCCAGAGAGUGCUUCAUCUAGCCAAAGCUUGGGCCCUCAUAUAUUAGUGACUGCAACAUCUAAUGAGUCUCCCCGAAUCUACCAUAAUUAUGGUCGCUAUGAUCCGCUCCAAUAUCCUUUGUUAUUUCCUCGGGGAGAAUGUGGCUGGACUCAGGGUCUUAAAAAGAAUUCUCAUCCAAGUCGGAUAGCAACAGAUACAAUUCCAGAUCCUAUUAUGUCUUGUGUUGUCCAUACGGCAGCUGAAUUAUUAAAUCAGGAAGAAACCCGUUCAAAGAGGAAGAAUACUAAAGCAGACAAGUUUAUCUCUGCUAGGGAGUAUUAUGCGUACAGAUUGCAGAUCAGGCCUAAUAAUAUGCUGCUGCGAGCAGGAAGGUGUUUCCAACAGUACAUUGUCGAUAUGUAUGUGAAGAUUGAAAAUACAAGGCUUGAUUACUUUAGAAACAAUCAGGACACAAUAAGAGCCGAUUUGUAUAAAGGUAUUUUGGAUUCACUGGAUAUCGGGGAGACUCUUGGGGAAAAUCUUGGUCGUAGAGUUAUUUUGCCUCCUACUUAUAUUGGUGGUCCUCGUGAUAUGAAGAAGCGUUAUUUAAAUGCUAUGGCUUUGGUCCAGAGAUUUGGCAAGCCAGAUCUUUUUGUAACAAUUACAUGUAAUGCUAAUUGGCCUGAAAUAAAGGCUGAGCUUGGUGCUGGUGAAAAUGCACAGGAUAGACCCGAUUUGGUUGCAAGGAUUUUUAGAGCAAAGCUACUUGCACUGAAAAAAGAGAUUAUGGAGAAAAAAGUAUUUGGGGAAGUUGCUGCCAUGAUCUAUGUAAUCGAGUUUCAGAAAAGAGGGCUCCCACAUGCUCAUUUCCUGAUUAUUCUGAAACCCGAAUACAAGCUCAAAUCUCCUGCUAACUAUGAUAGAUUUGUCUGUGCUGAAAUUCCUGCUGAGACUAAUCUCCGGUUGAGAAGAAUUGUAUUGGCGCAUAUGAUGCAUGGCCCUUGUGGUAUACCGAAUCCAGAGUGUCCUUGCAUGCGCAAAAAUGGACUUAGGCGUACCUGUAAAAACAAGUAUCCUAAGCAGUUCUGCAGCAAAACAACAAAUAAUAAGGAUGGUUAUCCUAUGUAUCGCAGAAGAGAAAUUGGAGAAAAGGUUAGUAUAAGAAAUGCAGAGCUAGACAAUCAGUGGGUUAUUCCCUACAAUCCUUAUCUUUCUAUGCUGUUUGAUUGCCAUUUGAAUGUCGAGUAUCAAUCAGGAAGAUGGGUAUCUCCUUGUGAAGCUGCAUGGAGGAUAUUCAGUUUUGAUCUGUUUGACAUGUAUCCUUCCGUUUUGCCUUUACAAGUGCAUUUACCUAACAUGCAGACUGUUCGAGUUCAUCCUCAUGAAAGGUUACAGUCUGUUGUUUCAGAUGGUAAACGAUCAAGAACUCAGCUAACUGAAUUUUUUGCCAUGAAUGCUGCUUCUAAACAUGGCUUAGGAUAUCUGCAUGGUGAAUUUUGCGAGCACUACAUGUGGCAUCAAAGUGAUAAGAUUUGGAAACAAAGAGUUCACAACAGGAUUUCAGUUGGGCGGUUAGUGUUUGUCUUUCCUGCAGAAGGUGAAAGGUUCUUCCUUAGAUUGCUAUUGUUGAAUGUAAGGAGCCCUAUGUCAUUUGAAGAUUUACGCACUGUGAAUAGUUGUGUGUAUCCAACUUUUCAAGAAGCUGCUCUAAAGCGGGGUCUUAUUGAAGCUGAUGAUACAGCUAAUUCGACAAUGGCUGAAGCAUGCGAUACUCAUAUGCCUGUUGCUUUACGUCGCCUUUUUGCAACGGUUCUGAUGUUCUGUCAGCCAAGAGAUCCUGCUAUUCUUUGGAAUACCUAUUAUUCCUUCCUUGCUGAAGAUUUCUCUCAUAGGUUUCCAAAUCAGACAGUGAAGAUACAGCAACUCACUGUUAGAGCUGUUGAGCAGCACCUUGAAGGCAUGGGAAGAUCUCUUGCUUUUUUUGGACUGGAACACUUAACAUUAGAAGUUAGUGAUGAAUUUAGCCGUACAAAAGAUAUCAUAGAUGCUCUUGAUGCACCGAUCCCAGAGGAAUGCUUAGGUUGUCGAUCAAAGCUAAAUGCUGCACAGAAUGUAGCCUUUGAAUGCAUAAUGGAACAUGUGCUGCAGCAGAAAGGUGGCGCUUUCUUUAUUGAUGGUCCUGGAGGGACAGGCAAGACUUUCUUGUACAAUGCUCUAUAUGCAGAAAUACGGUAG